AGAAAUAGGAAUAUAUCUAACCACAUUUUAGUGCGUGAAUGUGAAACUAAUCAAGCCGGAUAGCUAGGGAUGAAUUGAUAUUAAAUACCAAAGAAGAAUUGUACACGACGAAAUGCUUCGUCCGAUGUCGCGGUUUUUACCGGCCUGCCUCAUGGUGAUCAUCCUGAGCCUGACGGGGCUCUGCCUCAGCACCUAUUUCAGCAGCAACUAUAAUGGACAUGGUCACGUCACUGUACUCAAGACCGCGCUCUGCAAAGGGGUCUUCCACUACGGCUUCAUGAGCUUGCCCAUGGCAUGCUAUGAACUAAUUGACCGACCAACGAGUGGAGGCAGUGAGGGGAUUUUUGUAAACGGGAUCCUCAUUUCCAAGGAGUAUAGUCAACCUGAAUACCUCACUGAUAAUGCAACUUUGAAUCCUAAUGAUGAAAAGAGUUUGAAAGCAAUUUACCACAAUAAGUCAAUGACAAGUAGAGGGAUUGUUAGAGCCAUGGCUGAGACAACAUUGGAACUGCCUGAUUCAGGGUCUUCUGAGGCUGAUCAAGAUUCAAGUGUUGACUUUUCCAACCUCUACAUUGCUGUAAUACAGUGUUUUGCCAUUAUUCUUUGUGGGUAUGUUGCUGGUCGAAGCAACAUCAUAUCCCAGACAGAAGCCAAGGGUCUUAAUACAUUUGUAAGCUACUUCUCUCUCCCUGCCCUGAUAUUCCUGUCCCUUGCUAAACUGGAUUUCAGCUCCGUCAACUGGUUGUUCCUCUGUUCCAUCUGCCUGGCAAAGAGCGUAGUGUUUGUGCUGGUGGCCAUCAUCACUUUACUUGUCCAUCGACCUACUGACUUCAGCAAGGCUGGACUUUAUGCCAUCUUCUGCACCCAGAGCAAUGACUUUGCUCUGGGCUACCCUAUAGUGAAGGCUCUGUAUGGAGUCACUCAUCCAGACUACCCAUCAUACCUGUACCUGCUGGCACCCAUCUCCCUGGUCUUCCUCAACCCAGUGGGCUUUGUGCUCAUGGAGGCUGGCAAGAAUAUUAAAGCAGCCCAAAGGAACAAACGAUCUUCCACAGCAAACCGUCCAGCAAACUCUUUAGACAGCGACAACAUAAGUUGUUCUUCAGAUGCCACCUCCAGCACCACCACCACCACCACCAGUUCAGAACAGCCCCUUGAGAUAAGCAACGUCAUCAGGGAGACUAGAAAUAUGAGAUCUUCGUUCAAGAAAUUUCAGUUCCUGAGGAAAACAAUUCAAGGCAUCCUCCUUAACCCAGUGGUUACAAUGUCUAUACUGGGCAUUGUUUGCAACGUCUUGUUCAAGCAUCAUCUUCCGCAGCUCCUGGAGGGCACGCUGUCGGUGUUGGGCCAAGCAUUCAGUGCAAGCGCCUUGUUUGCCCUGGGGGUGCGCAUGGUGGGGCAGGUGGCCGCUCUCAGAGGCUCCUCGCUGGUCGUCCCUGGCAUCCUCAUCGCUGUCAAGACGUUGAUGCUGCCGUUAGUGUGUCGGGAGUUUGUGAGCUUAUUGAAGCCUGGCGGGGACAACUUAAACGUCACUAAAGACUACGGCAACUACGGCUUCCUGUACGGCACCUUCCCUACGGCCCCCUCUGUCUUCGUCUUCGCCUCGCACUACAACAUACAGCCUGACCUGAUGGCUAGCAGCAUGGUGGCGGUCACGUUCUUGUCGGCACCUCUGAUGCUGGUCUCCGCCAAGAUGGUGGCGCUGGUGCACAUCAAUCCGCUCUACUAUGUCAGUGAACUCGAGACCUUCCUGCUGCAAGUCAGCCUCGUCGGCCUCAUCGCCUCCUUGUGGGUUGUGGUCGUGUUUCUGCUGUGCCGCAAGUGGCGACAAGUUCCUCACUGCAUCACCCUCUGCCUCGCUGCCUCUCAGUGCAUCGCGUCUCUAGGUGCACUGCUGUGGUCGGUGCUGGACUGCACGCAGACGUGGCAGUUGUACCUGCAGUUCUGCCUCGUCACCUUCGGCGUGUUCUCUUCCCGCUUCUUCACGGCGCUGUUGGCGGCGACGCUCUUCCUCCUGCGCUGGCGCUCCCUCAGCUUUGUGCUCUCCUUGCGCCCUGUGCUGCUCGUCAUUGGAUGGGGCGUGCCUGGCGUGCUGGUGCUGGUGCUGGUGAUGGUCGUGCAGCGCGAGAUGGACCUCGCAGACAAGCAGGACCUGAACUUCCAGUACGGCACCACGCAGGCCGUCGUCGCGCUCCUGCUCCUCUGGUUCACUUUAUUCACCACGAUCGUGUGCCUGAUCCUGCAGCAGCGUCAGCAGAAGCGCUACGAGCCCUACUCGUCCCUGGCCGACGCCCAGUCCCCUGAAGACGUCGCCCCACUCAACCGUCAAGCUCCUGGCGACGACGAAGGUAUUGGUCACACUGUAUCUGAUGGUUCUGACGUGGAGGUGACGUCUUCUGAUUCAGAUAGCCUGUUCAGCCCGACGCAUGAGCUACGCCCGGCAUCUGGGGGGUCGAAGCAUCAUCGACUCUCUCCAAGAAGCCAUUCUUUGUUAAAACCUCGCAGUUUUGCAACGGCUUCGAAUAAGGAUGAAGAUAUUCCAGCCACUAAUUCAUGGGAAGAUACUAAUCAAUCCUGUAAAGUAUUAAUUGGCGAAGACCCUGAAUCUGAGCUACAUAUACCGGAUGGGCAAGUCCAUAGUAUGUCUGGUGCUGAGACAGAAACUAUUCGUAGGCAUCCAGUAGACGUUGUCACGUCAAACGCUGACAGUCAUUCGUAUUCUGAAAACAUAUCAGCGGGACCAACGAACAUUCACGAGGCACCGUCAGGCGACUCAUUGUACCGACAAUACCAGCCUCACACGACACGCCUCACAAUACCACAAGAGAGCUCAAUCUUGCGCGACCGCGACGAUGAGUUCCAAAUGAUGCGUCACGUUGUGCUGCUGUUGUUCCUGUGCGGUUCCAUGAUCGUAGGCUUCGGCUUGUGCCUGUGGACGCUCGUCAGCGAUGACGUGUCUGGGGUGUACAUUGAGAUGGUUUUCCUGGACGCGGUUCUCAACUAUGGACAAGGACUCAUCACGGCUGCGAUCUUUGGUUUGGACUCUACGCUGAUCGUGUUACCUUUAAUGAGAUGGUACAGGCGAGUACGAUAUGGCACAAGCACCGUGCAGUUGCCGCCUCUCAGUGAAGUAUCUGCGGAACACCUGCAGAUCUGUGAGCAGUUCACGAGGUAUCAUAUGGACCAGUGCUGCAGGGAUAUUGUCAGGAACCGACAGUGGAGGCUGCAGAAGCUCAAGAGCGUUUUUGCCGGACAGGAACUCGUUGAUUGGCUACUCAUGGUCGGACUCUCCAACGAUCGCACUCAUGCCGUCAGGUAUGGGCGAGCGCUGUUGACAGGGCGCGUUAUUCAUCACAUCAACGACGCGCACCAUUUCCACGACCAGCCGCUCUUCUAUUCGUUCUGCCACACCAGCCGGAAUGCCGCGCACCAUCUGGAAUGAUCGAAUCUGCUCAACAUUUCGGGAAUUUCGGAAUGGAAAAUAGCAAAGUUUUCUGUGAAUUCAAAACGUCGAGGUACCCGAGGAAUCAAAUUAGCAAGGUUAUCCCUAUAUUCAAAACUUCGAGGGAGUAGGGAACUGAUUAACAAGGUAGUGCGGGAUUGAUCCGAUGUGUGUUCAUCCUGAACUCUUAUUUUAAUUUAAAUACCGAUUUUAAGGAGAGAUACGUGGAUAUUAAUAAACACUCAUUAAACGUGACGCACGGAGAUCUAAUCUAGCAGAGUACACAGGUUUUAUCUGCCUCAGGUACCCUGGAUAAUUUCGGGGAUAUGUAUAAGGUCUGGAAUCAAGGUAGUAGACAAUAUCCCGGUUGUUGUUUUCUGUCUCGAGAAGAAUCUUAAUUAAAAUUGGCGAUACCCUUCAUGCCUCGAACUGUUUCCAUUGAUGACCGGUCUAUUGAUUUUUGCCGUAAACUUGUAAAAAGCAUGGGUAAGGUGAGGGCAAUAUUUUGGGCAUAUGUCUUCUCGUUUGUUAUCAACAGUGUCUU